ACACCUUAUGGCUACUGUUGUCGUGGGUGCCCACUAGCAGCUUUUUUGUCUUCUACCUUUUCCCUUCUCCUCCAAUUUUUUUUUUUUCAUUUAUUCUUUUUUCUGAUUUAUUGUUUUUAUUGUUAUUUUUUUCUCUCAGCAUAAGCCGGAGUGUUUUUGUUUAUGUGUGUGUAUGUAUAUAUAAGUAUAUUUGUUGGAGGUGGUUUUUCUUUUUUCUCUCUCUCUCUUUCAUUUCCAUUUUUUUUUUCCACCCUCAACAGUAAUGAUUUUCUCGUUAGGGGAAUCGUUGUUGAGGAAUCUGAGGAGUUGUUCUGGUUGUGAAAAAGUGGCAGUUAUAGCGGUAGAGAAACAACAAGUUAUAGAAAGGAGGGGAAGAAGAGGAAUAAACAGAAUCACAAGUGCACGAGUGUUUUCAUUGAUGUGAUAUUUGAAAACAGAAUCAGCUCUUUCUGGCCUUAUUUACCCCCCUUAAAAACAAAAAAAGAAAAAAAAUUUCUCUUUGUUUGGGUUUUGGGUUUUUCUCCGUUUUCUACAUUUAUCUCUUUCAUUCUCUUUAUUAUUAUUAUUAUUUAUUUUUUAUUUUUUAAUUUUGGGAUUUUUGGGGAUACUUGUAUUGGUGUAUAUCUGUGUAUGCGUAAUUGUUUUCCAUGUCUCAACCAAGGCAAUUUCAGAUGGUGGGUAGUAAUAAUCCUGGGCAAUACAAUGACACAACUUUUACGAAAAUCUUUGUUGGUGGUUUGGCUUGGGAGACUCAAAGGGAUACCAUGAGAAGGUAUUUUGAGCAAUUUGGAGAGAUCCUGGAAGCUGUUGUUAUCACAGAUAAAAACACUGGGAGAUCCAAGGGUUAUGGUUUCGUUACAUUUAAGGAUCCAGAGGCAGCCAUGAGAGCUUGUCAAAAUCCCUCCCCUGUUAUUGAUGGAAGGAGAGCAAACUGCAAUCUUGCGUCUCUUGGUGCUCAUAAAACUCGUCCACCAACUCCUCAGCAGCAUGGUGGAGGACGAUUUAGACCGGCAUCUGGAUUGGUGGCUCAGCCAACAUAUCAAGGCUCUUCAUCAACAUACUUCCAUCAUCCCGCUGCUCAGUACGCAUUUCCUUAUUCAGCUUAUGGGUACACGGGAUAUUCACAAGACUCCAUAUAUCCCAUGAACUAUUACAGUGUGUAUGGCGGCCAACAAUUCUCACCUUAUUUAACCACUGCUGGAGCGUCAGGACCAACCGGCAUGUUACCCAAUGUAUACCCAUUAUAUGCUCAAUAUGCACAGAGUAGCCAGGCUCAUGCUUAUGGCGUUCAAUAUCCUCAUAUGGUUCAGUAUCCACUUUUGCCUCAUCAUUAUGGCCCCGCUGCCACUGCCACAGGGAUCCUCUCACUUCCUUCUUCAAUGGCCAUGACCACCACCACAACCACCACCACAGGUGGUACAACAGCAACAACAGCGGUGACAGGAACAGGAACAGCAACAGUUGCUUCACAAGCCUCUGGAGCAGCUUCCGAACAGAAUUCUUCAUCAACUUAAAAAUUUUUUUGGCAGGUGUGCAAAACAAAGGGAUGUUGUCCUCUUACAAAGACACUAACAUGCAUGGACGAAGGGUCAAAAAGAGCAAAAGUGAAAUAAGAAAGAAAAUAUUUUUAAGCGGCUGAUUCAAAAAGGAUGCCUAAUCACAGUACUACUAGCAUAACAAGAGAAGGAAUCCAUUUCGCCAACAGAUUGAUUGUUCAUUCAUGGAAACAAGCAUUUACCAUUUCAUCAUAAAAGCUUGUUUCCAUUAACAUCGUCGUCUUUAUAAUUGUCAUCAAUUACAUGUUUGGUUUAGGACACAUUUUUAUAGGGAGUCUUUCUGAGUAGUUUUUAGCAUUAGGAGAAGAAGAAUCAUAUUCAUUUUUUUUUUUUUUUUUUUAACUUAUUCGCAGAAGGUGGAAACUAAAUAUUGGCUUUGGAUUCUACCUUGCAUACUAAUCCCCAGAUGAUUAUGUCUCGGUUGCAUAAAGCAUCCUAUGACAUAUACCCCCUUUUGUUUAUAUUCGCAAGAAUUAUUCUGGUUCAAUAGAUUGGUUUUAUGUCUUUGAACCAGCUUGCAUGUGGUUGGUCAACAAGAAAAAAAUUAAAAAAGCAAAAAAAAAAGGCAAAAGCUCGGAUAGCUUGGCCAUUAACUUAUAAUUUUUUGCUUGUUUCAUUAUUCAUGAUUUAUACUUUUGAGAUAGGAUUAGUUGGAAAAAAAAAAGAACAAGAAAGAAGAAUGUGUCCUUUUGUUUCUUCUUUUGCAGAUAAUUGUCAUGUAUACCUUUCAUCUUUCGCUUUCAGUUGGCAUUGCUAAAUUGUUUAUUUAUGAA